UCUUGGUCCAUUGAUAAGCAAUAAUAUCUGAGGAACGAAUUUUUCAUAUCGAGAAGAGAAAAAAGUCCCAUCGAAGUUACCGUUGAAGGACAAGAACCGGAGAAGCAACUUUUUCCACUCUCAAAAACCAUUUUUCACUCUUUUCCUCUAAUCCAUCCAACCUGGAAGCCGAAAGAGAAUGUCCACCGCUUGAAGCCGGGAGAAAUUUCAUCUAAUAAUUCCACCCUCAGCACUUUAACUCGUUUAUUGUCCAAAACUUCUGAAUUAAUUCAAGAUGAAUCUCACAAGUGCUUCAUUGCUGGCAGAUGUUAUGUCGGAAAAUGCAUCUGAAUUCGAAAAUGGGACCUUGAAAAAAAUUCAGGAAGCUGUGGAGGUGAUGCCGGAUCCCACGAUAAAGUUAGCCCAUGAUAUCCUCAUCUUCGUACUUCUACUAUCUGUGAUGUUUGCUAUGGGAUGCCACAUUACGUGGGAUGAGGUAUGGAACCAUCUCAGCAGACCUAUUGGUGUACUAAUAGGCAUGCUAAGUCAAUUUUGUCUCCUUCCAUUAGCUGCAUUUACAAUCAUCGUAAGUUUAAAAUUGGACCCAUUGUAUGCAACCGGUAUGUUAGUUCUGGCCUGCUGUCCUGGAGGAGUAACAUCUAACAUCUUUUCCUAUUUUUGCGACGGCGACAUAUCUUUAAGCGUGACGAUGACAAGCUGCUCAACAAUAGCUGCUUUAGGCAUGAUGCCCCUCAACAUGUGGAUCUAUGGCCAGUGGCUGGAGACGGGGGCCAUGACCAUCCCUUACGCUAAGAUGGCCACAUCGUUGGCAUCCGUGACAGCUCCAGUAGUCGCCGGCAUGCUGGUUAGAUGGAAGUAUCCAAGUGCUGCGCCUUACUUCACAAAGGUUGGUAGUUACGCAGGAUUUGCCAUCAUCUUCGUCUGCCAGACAAUGGAGCUGGUCAUCUUUCCUGACAUCUUUGACGGCAUAACUUGGGAGUUCUACACAGCUCUAGUCAUUUUGCCUUUCAUCGGACUUGCGCUAGGAUACGGACUAGCAUUCCUCUUCCGUCAAGCUCCACCUGUUCGCAAGACAAUAGCUAUAGAAUGUUCCAUACAGAACAUCGGGACUGCACUAACUGUCAUAUCAAUAUCCUUCCCAGUGUCGAUACAAAAGAAAGUUUUAGCCUUUCCUUGGUUGUAUUCCUUGCCUCUUAUUGCCACUGUAACGAUAAGUUGUGCUUGCUACCAGCUAUACAAGCGUACCUGCUUCAAAAACAAUAUGGGUUCCUGUGAAAAGAAACUAAAUGGUUUGGUGCCUAUUCCGGUGGUGGAGAAGAUAGCGAGCAUCAAGUCUGAGGAAAUGCAAUCGUUCAUACCGACGUCAGAGAAACUGACAACAGUCUGAUAAUCAGAAUUCCUAUUACCUGUGAUAUAGUUCCGAAGUCGCUGUACAGAAUGCGCGGAGGAGUCCGGAGCGGAGAAGACCUCGUCUGUGUUCAGCACGCAUUGGUGCAGAGUUACCGAAACCAAAACUGUUUUCUAAAUCCUUGCUGUCUGAAUGAUAUACAGAAAGGACGUGCAGGGACUUGAUGUAUUUAACUUAAAGUCGUGGAGAUUAUUAUUAUUUUUUGUGUUGUCGCAUUUGCUCUUUUCUCAUUUUCGCUUUUCUAAUUUUGUGUAACUGGCAUCAUGGUCCCUUAGGAUUGACUACAUUUUUUUUCCUCACGAAAGUCACUUUUUAAUUCCAUGCUUUUAAGAAACUUGGUUUCGCCUAUAAUACUCAUUACUUUAGGUAUUUUUAGCGAAAUAUGUUUCUUUAGAAAUGCAUUUUGAAUAGAUUUAUCCAGGCUUUUUACUGCUAACAGCUGAAACCUUUUGUAAAUACUACUACACCGCUGCAUUGUAUUGUCAAUCGUAAACAGAGACUCAGACAACAUUUUCAGACUAAAAAUAAUUCUAGGAUUUUCUCAGUAACAGCAAUAAAGCUAUUCUAAAGCUUUAACAGAAUAGUUUAAAACCUUAUCGCAAGUCUUUGUUGCACAAUUUGUUUAGAAACUGAAAAAGCUUUUCGUAGAAGGUUAAAUUUUAAGAGAACAGCACAGUCUCUCUUACUGAAACAAGCCACCCUUUAAUCAUUUGCAUUCUAUUGCACAUGCUAGAUUCCAGACAGCAUCACUAUGUCUGAAUCAGGAACAUUAGAAAGCCAGUGACAUAAAGAUAGCUGACUUGCAUCAUUUAGGACAUCCAUGGGGUAAUAUUGAAAGCCGAGUCUUGAAAAGUAUACGAGACAUUUCUCUGUACCAAAUAUAAGAGACGGAGAACUUGAGCUGUUACACGUGUUUACAACGCUAAGAACUCUCUAAAAUACAUUUUUAAAAGAAUGAUGUCCCAUUCAUGAGUAUUAAAAAGUUAAAGAAAUUUUGGAUAAAAUGUAUUUGUCGAAUGUAUCAAUGUGUCAUGCACUGAAUAUCGAUGUAUAAUAGAGAUGGAUUGCGCAAUGGUAACUAUAAGAGUUUCAGAAGUUAGGAAUCACGUGGGUCAGGAUUUCUUUUCCUGCAGGGGAAUAAAAACAAAUAACGUGCUCCGAGGCAGGUUACUGAUUCUACAUGCAGGGUGCCCAGGAAAGGGCUCCCUCAUUUCAAAACAAAAUAUCUCGAAAACAAAGGUCGAUAUUGGAAUAAAAUAAACAGUAUGUUUAUUGUGAAACCCAUAAUAAUCAUGUACAGAAACUUGGAAAUUAGUGGCGAAACUGGCCAACAGGGGCACUGCACGCUGUAUCUAAAUGGUGCUGCGAAGGGGUUAAACGAUAAUUUCUAGCGUAAAUGUAAGUACUGCUGAAGCGCCUAACCCCUUCGCAGCACUAUUUAUGUAGAUUUCUAUUGCAAUUACAGCGUGCAGCGCCCCUGCUGGCAAUUUUCGUUACUAAUUUCCAAGUUUCUGUACAUGAUUUUAUUGGUUUCACAAUAAACAUACCGUUUAUUUUAUUUUAUUUCAAUAUCGGCCUUCAUUUUAGAGAUAUUUAAUUUUGAAAUCAGGGAUUCUUUUCACGGACACCCUGUAAAUAAUUAUCACGCUAUUGUGUUUCCAAACACGCCCUGAUUGGUUGUCUUUAAUUGCAUGAUUAAAAAUUACUUUAGUCCAGCCAAUACGAUUCGUUGAUUGGGCUGCGACGUGAUAUGAUUCUCCUACUCGUUCCUGGUGAUCAUUUUCUCUUAUAUGUCCCGCCUGUUGCUAUGUCUAUAUUACAUCUAGGUAAACAGCAAUAAGAAAUCCAAACGUACAACCUUUAGUCACCAAACGGUUCUGACUCACGUGGUACAGAAAGAACACUCCGUUUAACGAAGCAUGUUCGAAUAAUGCGCCCUCCAAUUUAUUAUACCUCGAUUCACUGAAGUCUUCUCCAUUUCUUGUAAAUUAUUCGUAGUUCAAGAGACAUGUGUGUCUGAGAACAAAUUACUACAUUUAUGUCGAUGAAUGGUGCGCUAUUGUAUUAGCAAGCAUCUAGAAUUUUCUUUUUGUAGCUGAUUUAUAGUCAUUGUGUAACUAUUUUAACUAUUGUGUUCAUUUUAUGUUUCAGCUGUAUAAUGACUUAUGUUAAAUUAUGUAGGAAUUUUGUUCAGUCGGAAGAAAAGUUGAUCCUUUCUUAUUAUUUUACAUUAAGAAAAAAUAUUUUUUCAUUGAAUCACUAAUUAUUCAAGUUAGUUCAGUCAGAUAGGAAAAAAGCAACGCGAUUAUAAAAUUCUUAAUCUAAGUCUAUCUCUAAUUAUAAAAUUCUAAACUUAUAAAAUUCAAAAUGAUUAUAAAAUUCUAGAUUUUUUAAUACCUAAAUUUCGUAGUAGAAUAUGUAGUGGGGCUCUGUUAAGUUGAUGCUUGUCCUUGAACGAGAGGAUUGAUAGAUGAGACAUUCUUAGAUCUGCAUAACCCCAAUAAUCGUUAUCGCAACGUAAAAAGGUUUUCCUCUCCCCUAUUUCAGCAAAUGAAAUAAUUUAAGCCUCGAAGGAGCGCAAGUCAACUCAUAAGAGCUAGACUAUAGUUUCCUAGCAAAUACUCGGUAGUUUUAACGAGAAAUUAUAUGUUAUUCGUCGAACAGAUGAAUAAAAAAUUUGUAUUGUACACGUAUAGUUUCAUGAUAGUUUCCGUUGAAUAUUUUUUCCCUUUUGAUACGAAAAUGUAAAAUGUGUUAAUUUAUUUUUAUUUUCUUCUUCCUCGUUUUUUAAAUAAAUUUGAUGAAAUAAUAAAGUAUUUUGU